AUGGCUGGAGGGGUUAAAAAACCCGUCAACAUCUUCAAAUUGAAGAAUUUGAACGAACCAAAGGGCGUCUUCAACUGGCGCCUGUGGUUUGCCGUCAUCUCCUUUGCCCUGUUGGGUGCCGCUCGUGGCGUCGACGAGGGUUUGAUCUCGGGUGCCUUCAACUCGAAAGAUUUCCAGAACAGCAUCAACUAUUCUUCCUAUUCCGACUCGGAAAAGACCAACAUCAAGGCCAAUGUCUCUGCCAUGGUUCAGAUUGGUUCGGUUGGCGGUGCCCUCUUCGCUUUCUUGAUUUGUGAUCGCAUUGGCCGUAUCUGGGCCACCAGAGAACUCUGCCUUGUCUGGAUUGUCGGAAUUGCAAUCUUCCUCGGCAACAAUGGAAACCUCGGCGCUGUAUACGCUGGCCGGUUCAUUGCUGGUUUGGGUGUCGGCCAGACCCCUGUGGUUGGUCCAGUCUACAUUGCCGAGAUUGCUCCAGCAUCCGUUCGUGGACUUUGCACCUGCAUCUUUACCGGAUUCGUCUAUCUCGGUAUCGUGCUGGCUUAUUUUGCAAACUACGGCGCUCAGAUUAACCUGGGCGAUGUAAGCCAUAUCCGAUGGAUGGCGCCGACGUCCCUACACAUCAUCUUUGCGGGAUUGAUCUUGAUCCUCACCCUCUUCCAGUAUGAGUCGCCUCGCUACCUCAUCAAGCGCGGUAAGCUGGAUCGCGCCAUCGAGGUCAUGUCCCGGCUGCGUAACCUCCCCAAGGAGGACCCCUAUGUGGUCAGUGAAAUCAAUGGCAUCGUCAGGGCGCACGAGGAUGAACUGGAAGCCACCAAGGGAGCUGGCUGGUUCGGCAUUCUCAAGGAGAUGUUCAUCCCCAGCACGCUGUACCGCCUCUACCUCAGUUCCAUGGUCCAGUUUCUCAGCCAGUGGUCCGGUGCCGGCUCCAUUACCUUGUAUGCCCCCGACUUGUUCAAGCUUCUCGGUAUUACCGGACAGAACGAGUCUCUCCUGGUUACUGCCGUGUUCGGUAUUGUCAAGCUUGUUGCUGCCAUCAUUUGCGCCCUCUUCCUCGUUGAUGUUAUUGGCAGGAAGCGAGCGCUUCUCAUUGGUAUCACCUUCCAAGCCAUAGCCAUGGUCUACAUUGCCGGCUUCCUGACUGCAGUUCCCGAGCUCGGCGUCGUUGACGAUUAUGUCUUACCGGCGGCCGAAAAGGGUGCCAGUCGCGGUGCUGUUGCCAUGAUUUACAUCUCGGGUAUGGGUUGGGCUCUUGGCUGGAAUAGUAUGCAAUACCUUCUCACGGCUGAAUUGUUCCCUCUGCGGAUCCGAGCCGCUGCUACAUCCUUUACCAUGAUGCUUCACUUUGUCAAUCAAUAUGGCAAUUCGCGUGCAGUACCCAAUAUGCUGAUCCCUAGUGGCGAAGGAGGUAUCAGCCCCAAAGGCACCUUCUGGUUCUUUGCCGCGGUCACCAUCCUGGGUGGAUUCUGGGUGUGGUUCUCUGUCCCUGAGACCUCUGGUCGGUCGCUGGAGAGCAUGAACAGGCUGUUUGACCUGCCUUGGUACAAGAUCGGUCUGCAUGGUAACGAGGAUGCGGAACGUCAAGAUGCCGUCGUAAACGAGAAGGAACGGGAGUUUGGACCAGCCGAGCAGGUUGAGCAUGCCUAG